UUGCUCUCGAUUGAAAACGCGCUGCUGCGGUACUCACGAAACUCAGACGAAUACGCUAAGCAUUUAGGCGAUGAACUGCGGAGACUGGACUACAGAGUUGCGCUCAGCGGAGCUUCCGACGAAGAAAAAGAACAAUUGUCCGAUGAGCUGUUCAGCGGCAGCGAAUGUUUCCAGGCGAAGGGGAAUCGGAGAGCGAACGCUGACGAACAGCCAGUUACCGUCGCCAGAGUCAUAAAAACUGACUUCUACAAAGUGUUUUUCACAGAAGUUCUCGAUUUGGUGGCUGCGCGGAAGGUAUUCGUCAAGGACGGGUUUGCGUACGUUCCCCAGAGCGACUUUAUAUCGAUUAUGAUAGGCAGGUUCCGGUCUAUUUUGUCUCUCUCUUUGACGGCGAUGCUUGUCGAAACCCCAGGCCUGGCAAUGAUUGAAACGUGUGGCUUGAUGAUAGACAUCCAAGACAAGGCUUUUAUGUCUGUUGGUUCAUUUCUGAAAAUGUCAUGGAAAUCGAAGAAAUGGUAG